UGCGCGUGCUCCGUGCGGGAUGCUGAAUUGUAGGUGAUGAUGGCGGAAGGGGAGCAGCACUGAGUUUCAUCUGAGUUCUAACCACAGCUGUAGAACCACCUACAACAUCGUUUCUCUCCGUCGAGACCUAUCCCGACACGAUGGGGAACGAGGCCAGCAUGGAGGGGGAGGGACAGGUGGGACAGGCCGGCCCCGCCGUCCCUGCAGCAGGGGCUCCGGCUUCCAUUUCAGCACCACCGGACUCUGGACAGCUCAUCAAGCCGAGCAAUGGAGCGCCUGUCGGAGGAAGCGGGGCUGCACCCGGGCCGGGGAUUAACAGAGCACCUCCAUCAGACCCCGGACCUAAAGCAGGAGCCCAGAGCGGUCAUGGGACAGGAGACAGGUUGGCCUCACAUGACACCCCUCAGCAUGCUGCACCACAGGGAGAGCAGGGCCAGGGACAUGUGGCCAGGAAGAGUCUACAGGUGGAUUUGGGGAGCAGCAGGACUGGGAGGUCCCCCUCUGUGUCCCCCGACCGAGGCAGUGUCCCCACCUCCCCUUAUUCUGUGCCACAAAUUGCGCCCAUGCCCAGCAGCAAGCUGUGCCCUGUCUGCAAAACCACUGACCUGAUGGCCACAGGGGAUGACAAGCCCAACGUCAACACCUGCACACAGUGUCGCUCCAUGGUGUGCAACCAGUGUGGCUUCAACCCCAACCCUCAUCUCACAGAGGUUCAGGAGUGGCUCUGUCUGAACUGUCAGAUGCAGCGAGCGUUGGGGAUGGACAUGACCACACCUCGCUCCAAGAGUCAGCAGCAGAUACACUCUCCUUCUCAAACAGCCAAACCAGAACUUAAAGCUGAUGCUCCAACUCAGCCUUCACCACAAACACAGCCCCCUCCUCAGACUCAACCCCCUCCUCAGACUCAGCCCCCUCCUCAGACUCAGCACCCUCCUCAGACUCAGCACCCUCCUCAGACUCAGCACCCUCCUCAGACUCAGCACCCUCCCCAGAAACAGCCUCCAGUACAGGCCCAUCCAGCACCAGGCCCAGCAAAACAGGCUGGUCCAGCUGUCCAAGGAAAGCAACAAGUUAGGCUCCCUCCUGGGUCGGUUCCUCUCCCUGGCAUGGCCAAGGCCCCGUCCCAGCCUGAUCUGUCCCGCAACUCCCCAGCCCACCAUCCCCAGCACCCGCGCCAGGACCAGACUCGCAGUGCGGGGAGCUCGCCCUCACGACAGCCCCCUCCUCCAGAGCAGACUUUUGGGAAGCUGUUUGGCUUUGGUGCCUCUCUCCUUAACCAGGCCAGCACUCUUAUAUCUGAGACUACUCAACCCCAACAACAGCCCCCAAAACCUGCCCCCAAACCAGGAGGACCUCCUGGUCCGGGGCCCGGGGCAGCUAAACCCUCAGGACCUCAGCCUGCACAGCAAGGGCCUCGAACUCUUACCCAACAGCAAAAUCUGCACGCACCCCCGGAGUCUUCUAAACCCAAAGCCUGUUGCCCUCUCUGCAAGACCAACCUCAACAUCGGCAAUGCAGCAGAGCAACCCAACUACAACACUUGCACACAGUGCCACCAGCAGGUGUGCAACAUGUGUGGAUUUAAUCCUACGCCACACCUAGUUGAGAAGAAAGAAUGGCUGUGCUUGAACUGCCAGACGCAGAGGGCUCUGUCAGGAAGCCUGGGAGAUAUUCCAGGUCCUGUUUCACAGCCCGGAUCCCCCCGGCAACCUGUUCCAGCCAAUCAACAACAACCUCAGCAAAAAGGGCCCACUCAACUUUCAGGGCCUAGGCCAACGGGUCCUCAACAACAACAACAGAGAGCACCGGGUCCCCAAGUAAGUGGCCCUAUGUCUCCUGUGAAACAAGCUGGGCCUACCCCUCAUACCAAGGGGCCCAGUCAAGCUCAAACCAAGGGUUCUGCCCAACCCCCUCCCCAACCCAAAGGUUCCACUCAGCAAUCUCCCCAAGUUAAGGGUCCAACACAACCCUCAGGUCAGAGUAAAGGACCUCAAGUUAAAGGUCCCAAUCAAUCUAAUGCUCAAAGUAAGGGUACUGUUCAGUCUGCUAACCAAACAAAGGGCCCAACCCAGGCCAAAGGGCAGACUCAGACGAAAGGCUCUGCUCCCCCUGCCCAGACUAAGGGUCCUUCUCAUCCCCCUGGUGCUAAGGCUUCAACCACACCUGGUAAAGCUGCACCCAACCAAGUUAAGGCCUCUCCUACCCCUUCGAAAACAGCUCCCACUCAGUCUAAACCCACAGGUAACACCCCCCGCAAACAGCCACAGAGCCAGGAGAAGACAAAGGGCUCUUCCAAAUCUCUAAAAGAAGACGUCAAGGCCUCACCAAAGAAAGCAUUGUCAGAGACUGUCACUUCACCUAAAGACACGAAGAUAACUGAGGAUGCACAGAAGUCAAGACACCAUGAAGAUUACAACAAAUCAAGUACACAGAGUUUGAGUGACACUGGCUACUCAUCAGAUGGAUCUCCAGCUCUCCAUGGGGAGAUAACAGGACAGAUUCAGGAAGAUGGAAUUAAGCUCAGUGAAAGGGCUUCCAUACCCUCAGAUAUCCCCAAGCUAGAGAGCUCAAUGAAGCCUUUGCUAGAGUCAAAGACAGCCUCAGACCAGAAGCACAGGCCGCAUUCAUUGUCUGUUGGAAAGGAACGAGACUACAGUCCAGAUGAUGAUGCAGCAAGGGAUGAAUCAGAAGAUGACCUCAGUUGUAAGCUUCGCCAUGAUUACGUGGAAGACAGCAGCGAAGGCGGCCUCUCACCGUUGCCAGUAAGACAGAAGAAGUCACAUAAAGAUCUUACGGAUGAGGAAUACAUGAGGAGACAAAUAAUGGAGAUGAGUGCCGAUGAAGAGGAGUUGGAGGAACCCUGGAAACCAGAAGAGUAAAGGGGACAUAAAACCAGUGGGGAUACGAGCAAGGAAAGACGACGACUCUCUCACCAUUCCAAUAGUUUUGAGGAAGAAACAAAGACAUCAGAAGGUGCUUAUAAGUCAAAGGAGGAAGAAGAUGUUGUAAUGGGGGGCCUUCGGCGAUUUAAGACCAUUGAGCUGAAUAACACUAACAGCUAUCGAGAAAUGGAGUUAGUACUGAGCAUGAUUUGGAGAGAACCAGAGCUAGAGAUGGAAAGUCUGACUGGUUCCUCCAAGAGCGGUUCCAAGGGGGAGUAUUCAUCCACUUUGCCUGCCACCACUCCCAGUUACACCUCUGGAACAUCUCCGACAUCUGUGUCGUCCAUGGAGGAUGACAGUGACAGCAGCCCUAGUCGUAGGGCAAGAUUGGAAGAGGCCAAGCAGCAGAGGAAAGCUCGACAUCGCUCUCAUGGACCACUGCUUCCUACAAUUGAGGAUUCAUCUGAGGAGGAUGAGCUCAGAGAGGAAGAAGAACUACUGAGGGAACAGGCGAUGAGGGAUCUAGAGCAACAGAGGAUCCGAAGCACAGCACGAAAAACAAAGAGGGACAAAGAAGAGCUACGAGCACAGAGACGCAGGGAAAGAUCCAAAACUCCCCCGAGUAACCUCUCGCCUAUUGAGGAUGCUUCGCCGACAGAAGAGUUGAGACAGGCUGCAGAGAUGGAGGAGCUUCACAGAUCAUCAUGUUCUGAGUACUCACCGUCUAUGGACUCGGAAGCGGAGGGCUUUGAGAUGAUUGGCGGAAAACUUUACAAAUCAGGAAAUGAAUAUAAUCUUCCAACUUUCACAUCACUUUACUCCCCCACAGAGAAAACAUCAGCAACGUCACCAUCUGAUAAAACACUAAAAAGUGCAGAGGAGGUCUAUGAGGAGAUGAUGAAGAAAGCACAGCUCAUGCAGAGGCAAGGACAAACAGUUGAUCAGCCUGACAGUAAACAUCAUCUUGAUGCAGGAACUUCCCUAACUCCUGGCUCAAGUCCAACACAGAUUACAGCACCUAUGUCCUUUUCCACAACCGGUAGUGAUCCAAGAAUUUCUGGAAUUCAUGCAGCUCAACAUCUUUCUAAAGAAACACAAAAUAGGAUGAUGACACAGAGUGCCAAAAUUGAAGGUGUUGUUGGAGUUGCCGCAACCAAAGCCCAAGUCAGUCAGACUGCCACCACAAGACAAGCAGGUAGCACAGUACCUGCUGGCAGUAGGGCAAGCUCUCAGAGGCCAACACAGGCAUCAUCUGACCCUGGAGCCUCCUCCCUUACCUCCAAAGUUUUUUCCCUUUUCAAAGGUCCUAGCCCUCCAGUCUCUCCCACCACCUCUCCAGCACAAAGCCCGACCCAUAUGCCAUCUGUAAGGCCCACUGGUACUAGUGGUAGACAGCUGCCCUCUUUGCCUGGUGGUCCUACAUCAGCAGCAGCAGCCCAGGGAGCUCAAGCACAUCAAAGGUCAAAUUCACCUCGUCUUGCACGUCAACAGUCCUCACAAGAUUCACCUGUAAUGGUGAUAACACUAGGCUCUGAUACUGCUACUCCUGCCAAACCGCUUACUGUUAAUUCCUCCACUUCCCCUUUGUCAUCACCUACCCAGGCCAUUUGUAAAACCUUGUAUAGCUCAAAGCCUCCUGGGACAAGUCCCCCAACAUCACCUCAAAUGCAUCCAUCACAACAGUCUCCAAAGCAUUAUUCACAGAGGACUCAACAUGUUGAAAAAGUUAAUGUUGGUAUUAGCACUGUGACCACAACUGCACAAAGUCUUUGUAAAAUCUCUAAUACUCCAGGCUCCCAAAAGAUUGUUGGUCACAGUCAAACACAUCAAAGCACUAAUGUGGUAGAUCUUAGAGCCCCAAUGAGGCCAACUCCAAUUAUAAUGACAGACCAGGGGAUGGAUCUUACAUCUCUUGCCUCUGACUCAAGAAGAUACUCUUUUGGAUCAGAGCAGCCAUCUGCUCGACACACAGCAGUCCAACCUCUUAUUAUGAACCUGAAUGCUCAGGAGCAACCUCAUAUAACUUUAUCAACACCAACCACAGUUAGCAUCACAGUUGCAGGUACCAUGUUUAUGUCCCAGCCCAAACAACAGGUUGUGUAUGGAGAUCCUUUGCAAAACCGUGUAGACUUGGGGCAGGGUGUUGGAUCAGCUGUGUGUCUAUCCCAGAGUAAAACACCAGUUAGUGACCCAACUAUUCCCAAAAUUGAUGCCUGCUUGGAGAACUUAGGCAUACAGCAGCAACAACUCCAGUUACAGCAGCAGAAGCUUCUGCAGCAACAACAGCUUCUUGAACAGCAGCUCCAACAGCACCAACAGCAAUCCUCUUUUGCUCGUUACAAUUUAGCUAAUCAGGUUCAGCCAAUGCUGAUGAAAAAAGAUCUAGUUGUGAGUCAGACAAGCAGUGCCCAGCCUGUAGUGACUGCUAGUGCCAUUCCUAGAGUAUCCCCCCUGGCCCCACCACAAGGGUCUGGGGCUCCUGCUUCUAAUAUCCCCCAUGAAAUCUAUGGUGGAGUUGCCUUAGAGCUAAAAAACAAGCCAACAGUAAUGAACUUAUCCACUGGUAAGCCCCAUGUUAUGAUGGUGCAACUUGAUGAGAGUAACACGUCACAAGGGAGCACAGUGACUCAACUGGUAAAGCGAGAAGAACCACCUCCCACUCCUCAAGUCCUGGACCUUACUGGACAAAUUAAACCGGAAAACCAGGUGGCUUGUUGUGAUGUUGUUUACAAAUUGCCCUUUGCUGGUUCCUGUUCAGGGUCAUUCACUCAGAAGCCUACAACAGUAUCCUCAGAUAAAACCCCCACCACAGAAACCUCUCAAGUAGUGCACCCUCCCCAUCUACCACAGUACAGUGUCAGCCAUCAGCAACACCAGCCUCAAUCUACACAAGGAGGGACAGAGGAACAUAAACCCUAUCAAACACCUGUAGUUCCCUCAGGAAGAAUUCAGCCCUCCAUGUCUGAUACUAACUUGCCUUCGAUGACGGAUGCAAAUCCAUAUCAGAAUAAUGUUCAGGGGGGUCUGGCAGUGGAUCUUAGCAGCAUGAAUCCGGCUUAUGAUGGUGGAUACCUUGGCAUGGGAGCCCAGUAUGGCUCCUACACAGACUUGCGUCAUCAGGGAGAUUUUGCUGGCCCUUCAUUACCCCUUCGCCGAUAUGGCUCUAUGUCAAAUAUAAAUUCCGACUAUAACUACAGUUCACGGGACCUAUCAGGAUCACAGGACUCCAAUCUGGCCCAGUACAGUGCAACCACUGCCAGAGAGAUCAGCCGCAUGUGUGCAGCUCUUAACUCUGCAGACCACUACGGGAAUCGGUAUGGAAAUAACCCUGAACUGAUACCAUAUGGGGCUGGACGGGGUGGAUCUUUAGCUAGGCUAAAUCUCCAACAAAGCUUAGCAUCAAUAAGAGCUAACCUUCUGUAUGGCUCAGAUGGAAGAGCAACAGCAAACGGCCAAUCCCUGACAAAUCUCAUUAAUGCAAGACAAGCUAGUAUACGCGCCUUGUACCCUGCCGCUAUAAGAGGGGGUGAUGGCAUGAUAUAUUCCACAAUAAACACUCCCAUUGCCUCAACCUUGCCAAUAACCACCCAGCCUGGCUCUGUCCUGCGACCUAUGCCAAGAGGAAUUUACAGAACAUACCCCACAGGUGUAACUGCUGUACCAUUGGCUAGCCUUACCAGGUCACCUCAAAUGGCCCCCAGAAUGCCACUCUCCACACAGGGACCAUAUUCCUUCCCUCCUCCAAACCAAUACCCUCCUUCAGCCACGCCCUCAGGAAGUAUGCCUGAUGCAAGCAGUUCACACCAGGAAGCUGCUGUUUAUCUUGGAAAACCUUUAACAACGGUUGCUCCACAAACGGCCGCCACUAUUGCACCCACCCAUGCUGCAGCACACUUAGGACCCCAAAAUGUACCUGUAGCUGGCAUGCAAACCAUGCAAGAUCAACAGUCAACUCAACCUUCCCAACAGAGUGCUACUUCUCUCUCCCAAGCUCAUGGCCAACUUCCAACUAACCAGUUAGUGCAGCCCCAAACGCAGCCACAGCAGUUACCUACCCAAACUGAACCUUUAUCUUUGACCCAAACCCAAUCUCAAGUUCAAUCCAUCAGUCAGCCUCAACCAAUAGUUCUUCCACAAGGCCAGCCACAAGCAUCACCCCAUGGUACUGCCCUAGCACCAACUUCCAAAGUAUCCCCUCCCAUAGAUGCUCAGAAAGGUAAGGAAGAUGAGAAACUCAGUCAGCAACAAGAACACGUGCUGCAGCUUGAGAGAGAGCGUGUUGAACUGGAGAAAUUAAGACAGCUACGCCUACAUGAAGAGCUUGAAAGAGAUCGGAUGGAGCUUCAGAGACACAGAGAAAAAGAACAACUCAUUGUUCAGCGUGAGAUUCAUGAGCUGCAGUCAAUCAAACAUCAAGUCCUUCAGCAACAGCAAGCAGACCGGGAAACACAGCUUAUUAUGCAAAGGGAGCAACUGGCCCAGCAGAGAAUGCAGCUUGAACAAAUUCAGUCUCUACAGCACCAGCUUCAGCAGCAGUUGGAGGAGCAGAAAAGGCAAAAGACUGCAGCAGUAGAGGCUGCAGCCGCUGUUGCGGCAGCAGAGGCAGCUGCAGUAUCCGCAGCAGCAGCAGCAACAUCUGCCCAGGGCGCCAUUCAAGGGGUUGUUGUUGGUGGAGGGCCACCUCAAGGAUUUAUUAUCUGUGACCAGAGUGGUAGAGUUAUUCAACAGGAGGGACAAAGUGUUCAGUUUUGGCAGGAUGGACAAGUGGUCCAAGCUGUAAUGGCUGGCCGACCUCUUCAAAGUUCUGCCUCUGAAAUGUCUUUGAGAAGCAGUGACAAACAGGCCGAUUCAAAGAUUAUGAAAAAGCAAAACUCCAUGCCCCGGCUAAGGGAUGGCUCAGAGGAGGAAUCCCUGAAGAGGAUUACAGACAGCUGUGUCCAAACAGAUGAUGAAGAUGGAGAGGAUAAAUUCAUGAACAGGCGAAGAAGAACCAGGCGCAUUGCAGACUGCAGUGUGCAGACUGAUGAAGAGGACCAAGGGGAAUGGGACCAGCAGCCAGUAAGACGCAGGCGAUCUCGUGUUUCAAAGCACUCUGAAUCCAGUGGUGAGGCUAAAUCAGAAGGGUCCUCUAAAGUGGCUUCUUCAAGUAUAGCUAUUCAGACCACAAAUGAUUCAUCAUGCCAAACAGAGUCAGACCAACUAGGCAGGGUUUCUCCUGCAAUCCACAUUACCAUGGCAGAAACCUCAAAGGUUGACCUGUUACAUUACAUAGCAGCUCCUGAAAGAACCCACAAAGGAGAAAGUCUUGCCUGUCAAACAGAACCAGAGUCCCAUUCUCAAGGUGUAGUAGCGCCUCAGCUCAGUGUCCCUACAACUAUAAGUCCGUACUCCACAAGCCUGCAUAUAGUCGGAGCAAACACAUCUGACCCAACAUCUCCUAGACUCCAAGGAGUGGCUAAAUUUGAGAGGAGAAAACCAGAUCCCCUGGAGAUUGGCUAUCAGCAGCAACAAAAUGAAUCAUCCCGCCAGCCCCCUAAAUCUCCCCAGGUGCUAUACUCCCCUGUGUCUCCAUUGUCCCCUCAUCGAAUGCUAGAGACAACGUUUGCCUCCCAGGAGAAGCUUAACAAAGCCCAUGUCACACCCCAGCAGAAGGCUUACACUGCUGAAUCACCUCAAAGGCACCAGACCUUACCAAGACCAAUAAAAAGUGUGCAACGCUCCAUGUCAGAUCCCAAGCCUCUCAGCCCAACAUCAGAGGAUCCAGCAAAGAACAGGUUCUCCCCAUAUCAUCAGCAAGCUUUGUCCAACAGUCAGCAGAUGGCCUCCCUGCAGCACCAGAACGCUCUGAUGAGAAAAGUAAAGAGGACCCUCCCUAGUCCACCUCCAGAGGAGAGUCCACUCCCCAUUGUAACUCCAGCACAAAUGUACAGUUCCCCUGGCAUGCCACAGAGGGUUCUACCCAGACCUGCCCAGGGUGUCACCAAGGCAGGCCUGCUAAGUGAAUUGAAAGCUGUUGAACAAGAGUCCUCAAAGCUACGCAAGCAGCAGGCUGAACUGGAGGAAGAAGAGAAAGAGAUUGACGCCAAGCUUCGGUACUUGGAAUUAGGCAUCACCCAACGAAAGGAGACCAUGGUAAAGGAAAGGGAGCGGAGAGAGAUAGCCUACCUGAGAAGUAUGGGUGAUGCCCGGGACUACAUGUCUGAUAGUGAGCUCAAUAAUCUUAGGAUGGCAGCUGCAACAGGAACCUUUGAUGGUAAUGGUCUGCUGACGAGGCCUAGCACUGCCCCAAUGAGCCAAUUUACUAAUGACCUCAAUUCAACCUCUCAGUAUCCCUCAACCUCAUCCUAUAUGUCUUAUCCAUACCCUCAAAGUCAACAAUCAAUGCAGCAGCCAGGCUCAGCUUACCAACAAAUAGGUUUUCAACCUGCGCAGUACCCUUCAUCUUCUGCACCUCAGCCAGGAACAUUCCAGCCACACCCUCCACCAGGCCCUGGCUACCAGAACCAGGGAAGCUACUCCUCCCGCAUGUAUGCCCAGUCCUCCUACCAGACAGAUCUUGGCAUGCAGCAACAUGGUCACCAGGGCUUCCAUACACCUGGUCAGCCUAUGCCAGGCCAGAGCCUCCCCUACCCCAGCCACAGCUCCUACCAACCUGGUCUCUCCUACCAGCCCCAGGCAGAGAUCCUUACUGUCCAUCAAAGACCACGACAAACAUCCUUGGCUGACCUUGAACAAAAACUCCCCACCAAUUACGAGGUCAUUAGUAAUCCAGCAGUGUCAGUAGCUACAUCGGCUCCAGACACCAACUUUGGCACGGUGUACAGCAAUGCAUAUGGACAAUAUCGCCCCCCAGAGCCUGGUCUAACUCAUUCCGCAGAGAGCCCCACCUCGGCUUAUGCUUCAGAUGGAAUGUACACCUCCAACCUAGAGCAGAAUAUCCCAAGGAACUACGUCAUGAUUGAUGACAUCAGUGAGUUAACAAAAGACAACACUGGCCAACCUACUGACGCUCUAGGCCAUCCUGUGGGAGGACGGUAUCGCAGUGAGAAUGGUCCUGCACGUGGAAGUGCCUAUGGUAGGCCUGAAGAUGAGCCUGUCGAUGCUUAUGGCAGACCUACAGGUACAACAGGUUACCAGAAUACAGUGGAUAAUCGCACCAGCACCACAGUAAGUGGAGGCUCUACAUAUUACUAUGAUGACUAUAAACACACAUCAAGGAGCAGCUCCAGUAGCCACAAACUCAAUCCGAAGAAUCUUGCUCCUGCUGUCUCAUCCAAACGUAGUAAACAUAGGAAACAAGGGAUGGAGCAGAAGAUUUCUAAAUUCUCCCCUAUUGAGGAAGCUAGAGAUGUAGAGUCUGAUCUUGCCUCUUACACAAUGACAACACCAUCAGGAGGCAGCUGUACAGUUGUGUCCAGGUCAAAGAAGCUUCAGGAUGAUGUCACCUAUGGGAUGAAGAAAAAUGCCUAUGACCAGCAGAAAUAUUACGGCACCAGUCGUGAGGGAUUUGAGGAAGAAGACCGUAUGUACAGCUCUGGUAGAUCCAGGUCCACUGGAUAUGGUAUGGACAAGAUUUCUUCCAGGGAUGCCACGGGUCAUAGAAGUAAAUCCUAUGAGAGGGAUGCCAUGGAGCGAUCUCAGAGAAGCAGCCGCAGUGGAAGGCCUCCCAUGCGGAGCAAUUCAGAGGAGGAGAGCCCACUUAGUCCUGUUGGGAAGCCGGUGGGCAUGGGAAGAGGCACCGGCGUAGCAGAUGCUCAUGAUGUCAGGAACCAGUACGGCUCAAGCCAUUCAUUGCCAGAUGUGCAAGACCAUCACAAGAAAGACCUGCCUAGGAGUCAUGUCUAUAAACCAGAUGACCCUUACCUCGUAGAUGACAUGCACUGUGCUGUUUCUGACAGUGAAGCCUAUCAUUUGGGGCAAGAAGAGACGGAUUGGUUUGAGAAGCCACGGGAGGCUCGUUCUGAUCGCUCAAGACAUCAUGGAAGUGGAAGCCACUCAUCCUCAGGUAGGCGUAAACACACCUACCAUGACUAUGAUGAACCUCCAGAAGAAUACGGUCCCCAGGAUGAGUACAAUCAACAACGCCACUCCUCCUCAGCAGCUCGAGACCACCGUCACCAUGGCAGCAGCUCUGGCAGACACAGCUCUUCACGCCACCCCCCAGAUGAUCCCAGGUCCUCUCGUUCUACCAGGACACACCCAAGAGAUCCAUCUGGUCGCACUGAUGGCAGAGGCUCCUCGUCUACACAACGAAGAGGCGGUCCAGACUCCCGUUCCGCCCAGGCAAGCCCCCGGAACUCAGGCGACUUCUCUCGAGAGCCAGCCUCCGGCCAUCAUCACGGCACUGGGGGACGAAGCCAAAGGUCACAAGGGGACCGCCCAACCACCAGAAGGCAGGACCCAUCUGCAGCAGCGACAAAACCCCAGCAGCAGCAGCCUCCUCAGGGCCACACUGGGCAGCAGCGGCCAGGUGCCCAGGGUCAGACCGGGAGACCUCCAGCAGGGUCUGAGCAACUUGAUGGUCACCAGCAGGCCCAGCAGCAGCAUCAACAGAGUGCACAACAGCAGCAGCAGCAACCACUGCAGCACAGCCAGACACCUCAGAGCACCCAGCCUCCAACAAUCACUGCAGGAGCAGGACCAGCACAGCAACAGCCCAAAUCAAGCCAAGCCCAACCACAGGGACGCCAGCCAGGAGUUGGGUCUGCUGCAGGGCAGGGGGCGAACAUGCCGGCCAAAAUGGAGGCUCCACCUGCAGCAACAGCCACAGGAGUGAAACCUACAACAACAGCAGUGCCAGUAGCACCUCAGCCAACGAAAACAGCUACACCACCUCUGACAGGCAUUGGCUCCAAGGCAGCCCCUGUUGGGAUUGGGAGCAAACCAGUAGGUAUAGGCAGCGCUGCACCAGGGGGACAGCCACCUGCUGAAGGGGACAAUGUUCUCACUAAAAUUCUGCAAGGAGGGGCAGCCGAGCAAGCUGGAAAACUGGGAGAUGCACUGUCCGGCCUUGGGAAGAAGUUCACAUCAUUUUGGUAAACUAAAUAAGGAGGUUGAAUUGAUGGAACGGUAGCUUCAUACUUGGAAAACCUAUGAAAAUUCAUUAAAUACAUUUCACAACACAGAAGAAAAAGAGGAUGUGCUCCUGACCACAUCAAGCUGGAAUCAAAGGAUGCCUUGUCAGCACUGAAUUCCCCAGACAUGGCCACCGACUGAGGCGAAUUAAUAAGGAUGAAUGCUUUGUCAGCAGAGUGUUGAGAGACCUAAAAAGAGGACUGAGUACAUCAAAAAGAGGACAACAGCGAUAGAUAACGAAGAUGCAGGAAGCAGAAGAAAGAGGGGGAAGGGUCUCCAGUGCUGCUUACUAUCCUCUCCAGAAAGCCUCCUGGGAUUUGUGUGACAGUAAAAGGCGUGCUAACUGGAGCACCUGGACACCAUGGGAGAAAUUCAUCUUGUUGGUCGUGCAUGUCCCUUCUUUUUAACAGCUCAAUAAAGGAAGCCUCACAGCGUCUUCUAAAAGGAUUUUAUGGAACACCACUUAUGUCUGAGGAGUGCACAUCUGGCAAGGAUAUUUGAUUCUACAUUGAUGUCUUCACAGCUUUUCCAUGCAAACUGUGAAAAAAAGAAAAAACUAAGAUUUUCAUAGGUUUUCCUUGUACCAAAGAUACCCAUCUUCGCCCAAAAUGACACAGCAUACCUGGAAUAGACAAGAUGUAUCACGGCAAUGACAACUUAUCUGACGACUCCACCACAACCCUUGAAUGCUUGUUUUUUCUGAUCUCUGUAGUACAUUCCAGUAUAGGGAAUGUAACCCUUUCUCUGAAUGUGUUUUCAUUUCUCCUCUUUUUGUUUUGAUGUCUACAGAAUGCAUUGUGUAAAUGUGGACACAUGAAUGCACGCACAAAUACUUCAAAAACUGAAAAAAAAGAAAAGAAAAAGAAGCCCAUAUCAGUACUUUUACCACCUAUGAGAUGCCACUAGUUAUUAACCGUAGGUUUUUAGGAAAGGAAAUUACUACCAGUGUGCCCACAAGUGUGAGAUUCACACAGAUGAGAGGACCAAAUGAAAGAGUGGCCACGGCUCUUUGUUAGCCAUUGCAAAGCCAUCCUUAUAGCCAGCCUCAGAGCUGAUGGGAACAUUCUGAGGCUGACUGUAAAAGUAUAAAGUCCCCUCAGGGGCUUUAUCCUUUAAUGUUUUGUCUCAUCUUUUAGUUUCUUUUCAUUUUUUGCCUGAUAUUCACUGAAUGGAAGAGCCUUAUUCAGUACGUUUUUACUUGUAUACCUCACAUGAUUGAAAACGUCCAUGUCAUCAUGCAUUUCUUUUUACACUACUGUAUACUAUUGUAUGUACAUAACCAAACAGAGAUCUACUUAUGUAAAUUUGUCAUUUGUGUAUUCAUGGAAUCACUCUCCAGUGACUUUCUUUUUAUGUUGGUCUGUGUCUUUCUUUGGUAACUUUAUAUUUUUCACUUUUUAUUUGUUUGAAUCUGUUUUCCUGCAUCAAAUAAUUUGCUUGUUGGUUUUUAAAAGCAAUAGCAUGCAGAAAAUGGUAUAUAGCACAAUAGUAUAAAUGUUGUUUAAAUCAGUGAUGGGAAUUAUCAAACACUUCUGUCAAUAAUUAGCCGUAAUACAAUUUGUCAGCGGGUUUACAACCACAGUACCAUGUCCAGACGUGCAUGUUAUGUGCAGAUGCAUAAAAGCAUGCAGACAGGUACUAACACUCACAUGGACACACUCUCUCUCUUUCUCUUGCAUUCACAUCUGCACACACACUUUACAUAUUUCGCACUUGCAUCCCAGUUACACGUCAGAGCCAAGGUUGUGUUCUCCACUGAAUAGACCUGUUAGCCUCCUGCUCAUAAAUGAGGUAACCAAUUCACCAACAAGAUUAUCUCACUAACAAGCUGGGCCCAUUGCCUCUAUUUGUGCAAAGACACACACACACACUCAAACACACACAGACAAACACACACACACACACAAACAGGAGAGGAUGAAAGCAAUUAUCAAUUCAAAUGUUCUAUGCAAUGACUCAUUUUGAACCUGGAAAUGAUUCAGCCUAAAACAGUUUAUUAUCAUCAUUCUAUUCACAAGAAAACAACAAAAUUAUGAAGUAAAAUAUAAAAAAAGGUGAUGAAAUGUUUUUACUUAGAAACUUGUCUGUAUGGAUUUGAAUAUUGAAUAUUGAUCUAGAAUUGAUUUUAUUUUCGUGGCAUGUUUUGACCCCUCACUCCCCACAUGGGGGACUUGUUGCCAAAGGGUAAACUGUGUAGACUGUCGGUUUUGAAUGUCCACCAUCAUGUUGCUUUGAAGCAUGGGUUUGCUUGGCUUUGUCUGGCUGUUUGUAAGCCCUCAUUCAGUUUUUGUGCGUUUUGGCUGACCUGGGCUCCUCAGUGUUUGGCUUGCAGUGACUGUCUGUGCUGCUAUAAACCUGUGAUGCAGAUGGUCAGCAUUUCUCAUUAAUACUUGUCAAUGUACAUAUUGGGUGUCACUAUAACCUGUGGGGUGAAUGGAAUGCUUCUAUGGGAUAUUUCAUUGUUGAUUAACUCACUCAGCAGCCAAGCCAUUGAAAAAGGUGCAUGAUUAGAUCUUAUAUUCUUUGAAGCUGUACCUGAAUUAAAAAAAAGGGAAAGGCAUGAUUUCACCAAGGUUCACCUAACAAACCUUGACUUUCACAGGCCAAUGUAGAGAAUAUUGAUGAGUUAAAUGUUCAGUCAGUCAUUCACAAAUCAGGGCAUGUCAUUUUGAAAGCACAAGCCUGACUGGUAGCUGCUCGUUGAAGCGCAGAAACAUGGAGGUUGCGUAACAGUGCCUCCAACUAAACAGCGUAGGAUCUGUAUCAAAACACUAGGUGGAGAUGCAAUUGGGUCAAUGUGAGGUGCAUGAGACAAAACAGCCUUCAGUGCAGCCGUCUGGUUGACAGAAAGACAGACACACAUUCUUACUGUAAAUACAACUUCAUUUUCUGUACAGCUUUUGAGUUUUGAGUACGGCUGUCAUGUGCAUCCCCAUGCCGUAUUUGCUGCCAACUUUUGUGUAUAAAAAGAAUAUUUAUUACCACAAUAAUGAUGAUGAUGAUGAAGAAGAAGAAACUAAUGAUGAUGAUUAUUCUAAUUAUUGCAUAAACAUAGUGUAUGUGGCUGACUUGUAUUGACUGUUUACAACAGUGGAACAAAACUUGUAUUCAGAAACAUAUCCAGUCUGUGUAUAGUUUCUAUACAUAUUGUGUUUGUAAAACAAGGAGAGAGAAAAAACCUCCACGGCAACUACAGAGUAGAAAAUCUUUGUCAGGCUAUCAGGAGGCCUUUGAUUUGAUGGAUAUGACCUGCAAGGUGAUGAGAGUCAAGGAAGGCAUCGGAAAAAAUGAAUCAAAAAAUCUGGAAAAUGUCAUUCACUGUUGUAAGUGCAAUGGGCAAAACGUCAGUCGUGUAUCCAUUGUGAAACCUUGUGUUCUAUUCAGUGUAUUCCUGUAAACAGAUAGAGUAAAAUUUGGUGCAUCAUGUCAAGUAAUGUGAGUAAUGAAAAUAUUGACCCUGCAAUUUCCAAACAGAGAGAAGAAUAAAAAGAAAAGGAAAACA